AUGGCCAGGACGCAGCGCAGAAAUGUUCCUGUGGAACUUAAUAGGAACUAUGACCUGUCUCAGGUGAAGUUCUACAGAGAUGGAAAAUUCCCUCAUUUCUCUAAGGAGAGCCAGACUCUGUCCAUGGGAGCAGCAACAGUGCAGAGCCGUGGCCAGUACAGUUGCACUGGGCAGGUGAUGUAUAUUCCACAGAUAUUCACACUAACUUCAGAGACUGCCAUGGUUCAAGUCCAAGAGCUGUUCCCACCUCCUGUGCUGAGUGCCACCCCCUCUCCUGAGCCCCGAGAGGGUAGCCUGGUGACCCUGAGAUGUCAGGCAAAGCUGCACCCCCUCAGGUCAGCCUCAAGGCUCCUCUUCUCUUUCCACAAGGAUGGCCACACCUUGCAGGACAGGGGCCCUCACCCAGAACUCUGCAUCCCAGGAGUCGAAGAGGGAUACUCUGGAUUUUACUGGUGUGAGAUGGCCCCCGAGGGUGGCCAGGUCCAGAAGCAGAGCCCCCAGCUGGAGGUCAGAGUGCAGGCUCCUGUGUCCUGUCCUGUGCUCACCCUGCACCACGGGUCUGCUGACCCUGCUGUGGGGGACAUGGUGCAGCUCCUCUGUGAGGCCCAGAGGUGCUCCCCUCCAGUCCUGUACUUGUUCUACCUCAAUGGAGAUAUCUUGGAUCUCCCUGGGAAUCACUUGGCUCCCCAUGGUGGAGCUCUUUCCCCCUUGUUUCCAGUGAAGUCAGAGCAGGAUGCUGGGAUCCCAUCCUGCAAGGUUGAGAACAGCAUCUCCAGAGAGAGGAGUGAGCCCAAAAGCUCUCCCUUGUUGAUGCAUCUUGUCUUCUAA